GCUUCCGCAAUUGAGUUGGCGGGGCAGAACAGAGAGACGUGUACGGUUCUCGGCUGGGCGCCCUCCCCGUAACCCGGAAGGAGAAAUAAGCGGGCCCAGUUCAAGAUGGCGCCUCCCACGCCGCUUCUAGCAGUGCGAGGAUCAGAAGGACUCCAUAUGCUGAAUGGGCCUCCUCAGUUAACAGAAAAUACAGCUUUUCAAAGAGAGUCUGGAAAAAACAGUAAAGUCUUUACUUUCAGCAAAGAUGGUUCACUUUUCGCUUGGUGCAAUGGAGAACAAGUAAACAUUGUGAAUGUCACCAGCCACAAUGUGCUGCAUUCUUUUGAUCUGCCAAAGACAGUUUGCCUUGAAUUCUCUCCAAAGAGCAAUGUUCUAGUAACGUGGCAGCCCUACACAACUGCAAAAGAUAGUAAAGCAGGAGAACCCAACCUUCACAUUUUUGAUCUGAAAACUGGAAAAUGUUUAAAGUCUUUGAUCCAGAAAAAGAUGCAAAACUGGUGCCCUUCCUGGUCAGAUGAUGAAAGUAUAUGUGCCAGGAGUGUUAACAAUGAACUACACUUCUUUGAAAACAACGACUUCAGCACAAUUGCAAAUAAACUUCAUUUGCAGAAGGUCACUGAUUUUGUGUUGUCACCAGGAGAUCAGCCAACCAAGGUUGCUGUAUAUGUCCCUGGAAGCAAAGGAGCUCCAUCUUUUGUAAGGCUCUACCUGUACCCUGAAUUUGGAGGCCCACAAGCUGCAUUGGCCAACAAGAGUUUCUUCAAAGCUGAUAAGGUGACAAUGCUAUGGAAUAAUAAAGCCACUGCUGUGCUUGUAAUAGCUAGUACUGACGUUGAUAAAACAGGAGCAUCCUAUUAUGGAGAACAAACUCUGCAUUACAUUGCAACAAAUGGGGAAAGUGCUGUGGUUCAGUUGCCAAAAAAUGGCCCUAUUUAUGAUGUCACCUGGAGUCCCAGUGCCUUGGAGUUCUGUGUUGUGUAUGGUUUUAUGCCUGCCAAAGCAACUAUCUUCAAUCUGAAAUGUGAUCCUGUGUUUGAUUUUGGGACUGGCCCACACAAUGCUGCUUACUACAGCCCCCAAGGACAUAUCUUGGUAUUAGCUGGGUUUGGGAAUCUCAGUGGACAAAUGGACGUGUGGGAUGUUAAAAACUACAAACUCAUUGCCAAGCCGCAGGCCUCUGACUCAACAUAUUUUGCAUGGUGUCCUGACGGAGAACACAUUGUAACUGCUACAUGUUCUCCAAGGCUGCGAGUUGGGAAUGGAUACAAAAUCUGGCAUUACACUGGUUCUGUUCUAUACAAAUAUGAAGUCCCGCAGAACGCAGAACUUUGGCAAGUUUCCUGGCAACCCUUUUUGGAUGGAGUGUUUCCAACAAAGGCAGUAACCUACCAUGCUGUCCCAAGCAAAGUGCCGAAUGAUGAGCCAAAGGCUGCCCAGGCCUAUAGGCCCCCUGCUCUCAGAAACAAACCUGUAACUAGUUCUAAACUUCAUGAGGAAGAGCCACCACAGAACAUGAGACCACAGUCAAAAAGCAGCGAUAAGCCAUUAUCUAAAACAGCACUCAAAAAUCAAAGGAAGCACGAGGCAAAGAAAAUUGCUAAACAGGAGGCAAGAGCUGAAGGGAACCAGGAAACUGCUCCAGAUCCGCCACCACAGAAUUUAUUGCACAAUACAGUGCCCGCUGUAACAUCAGGAGAUCCUGAGGUGGAUAAGAAGAUAAAGAAUCUGAGGAAGAAGCUGAAAGCAAUUGAACAGCUGAAAGAGCAGUCUGCUACAGGGAAACAGCUAGAGAAAAACCAGUUGGAGAAAAUUCAGAAAGAGGCUGCUCUUCUCAAGGAGCUGGAAGAUCUGGAAUUGGGUUUUUAGAAGAACAGAAAAAAUUCAGUUUUGUUCUACAAAGUCAUGUAAUAAAUGAUUGCAAAAAGUUCAUUUUUAAAUAUAACUCCAUUCCCCUCCCUUACCCCACUACCUGAAUAAAUGUAAAAUUCUGAAUGCAAGCAUUGUAUUUCAAACCCAGGCAGAGUUAAUAAGGUUCGAAAAUUAAAUCCAAAAUAAAAUAUGUUGCUUCCUUUCUCUUUUCUUUGGUCCUGAAUUCAGUUUCAUCUACAGUUGUGAUUCUUAUAUAACAAUAUGAUUGUAGAAUAUAAUAAAAGAGCAUUUACGAAUA